GGGGCUGAAAAGUGAUUGAAUUCUUCUUGUUCCUCACCAUAUUGACAUAUUUUCGUUCACUACUUCAUGUGCAUGAGGAACAUCUUAUCCGGAACAUCCCGCUAAACACCCCUCUUCAGUCUUGUGAUGCGCUACUGCGACGGAAGCUCGACCUGAUACUUAGCACAUCAAAAUCUCAAUACCACUGACCCAAACACCACACUCAAGCAUAGCACCAGGUCUCUUGCUUAUGCCACAGCUUCUUAGAGCGCUUUGCGCCCACAAUGCAUCCCUUAACCGCCAUACUCACUCUCAUUUCUCUCACAUCUGCCUCUAACCUCCCUCCACUUCAACACAUCUUCGAGAACGCGGCGCCACUCGAAGACUCUACCUACAAGAUCCCUACCGUUCACGAAUCCGCCAUCCAAGCUCGCCGCAUCCUACACCUCGAGACUAUUGGCACCCUCUCGACUAUCUUCCCUUCUACACAGAGGGCUGAAAACCGCCCUUUAGAUGUCUCUGGCACGCCCAUAGGGUUGAUGGACUACUUUGGGGACUGCGAGCCGAGUACUGGAAACCCAACAAUUCUCGCUAUUUCGAUUGCAACGAGCUUCAAAAAUGUCGCUGCAGGCUCGAAUAUUACCCUGUCGUUGAGAUGGCAUCCUCCGUAUUCACGUCACCGACCUUAUAGCGCCGCGUCUCUACCACGUUAUUCGCUCGUGGGACAUCUCGAGUAUCUUACGCCGGAGGAAAUAAGCAGUCAACGAGUAGCUGCCUGUUUUGUGAAAUAUCACCCUGACGCUGCAGCAUGGCUCCCUGGGAACAGAAUCCAUGAGAGUAAGUGGGUGAGGUUGGUCGUUGAGGACGUGUAUUGGAUUGGUGGUUUCGGGGAUCGCGCGUAUAUCGGGUGGAUACCGCUGGAUGAGUGGAAGAGCGUGACGAAAGAGGAGAUAGAGGAAUGCAGGCUGCCGGGUGAGAGGAAGCACGGAUGGGGUUCGUGGAGCUCAUGGUUGGGUUUGGGCGCGGACGAGAGUCAAGAGGAGGCUUGGGAAUUGUGAGCCUGUCUGCAGGGCAUGGAAGUAUUCGGGUGGAACUUGAGGCGGAAAUUCGCCUCUCGUUCCUGAGUUCUGCCCCUCGUUCCUGAAUUGUGCCUUACGACACCCGAUCAGAACACCUCGAGAUUGCGGAGGCUACCCCGUGGGACUUCGCUAACCCUAGAACAGUGAUCAUCUUCACUUACCCUGGGUUGAGUGUCUGUCGGUCGCUCAAAGCCUGCAACUUGCAAUAGCAUGCAGAUGCCGUGGCAAACAUUCUGCAUAUACGGAGUCGUUUUUGGCUCACGAAUUAUUUUUUUUUGCAUUUUCGAUGACCUCGACCAAUCACCGUGGAUAAGAGAUGCUUCUUAGCGCUCCAAACUUUAGAAAGUCAUACGUAGUACCAAUACAGCUGUACAUU